CGCUUCCUUCUUUCAUGGCUGCGCCAUGUGCAGCAAGCUACGCUCAUCGCUGUGCAGCAGAUGCUUUUACGGCUUUUUCCGUAAGUUACAUCAUGGAGUCAAGGACAAAAAGCAGCCCUAAAUCUACGGAGUCAGUAUUCGUGUGUUGCCACGAAGGUUGUUCAGCGACGUUUGCAAAAAGCAAUAAGUUAGAAUGGCACAUGCGAUUGCACACUGGAGAGAGGCCUUUUAUCUGCCCGAUUCUCAGCUGCAGAAUGUCCUACACGAGAAAGUUUCAUCUGACUCGACACAUGAAAGUUCAUCAAGCUACGGAUGAGAAUGAACAAAUUCAAACUACUUUAAAGUGCACGAAAGAGGGAUGCAACAAGGAGUUCUCUACAAAACAUGGCCUGUACAAGCACUUGAAGUAUUCGCACGAAAAGAGGACGUUUCGAUGUGAAGUAUGCCUCAGGACUUUUAUAAAGCAUCAGCACCUGAAAGUACACAGCUAUGAGCAUACCGGAACACUUCCUUUCAGGUGUCCUCAGCCCGGCUGCGACAAGGCGUUUCUAUUACCCAGCAGACUAAAACAGCACUUUUUCCUGCUCCUAGGUUAUAAGUGCGACAUGGACGGAUGUACGCAGGUGUUUCCAAAGUGGAGCAUGCUCAGGAAGCAUCGUAAAGUGGACCACCAACGAAGUUACAAGUGUGACACGUGCGAACGAGUAUUCUACUCCAGGAGCAACCUGGAUGCCCACGUAGCGACUCACGCCAGCGAUCGCGAGUGUUUUGCCUGCCCAACAGAAGGCUGCAGUCGUACGUACCUGCAGCAGUCGUCCCUGCGGGCGCACGUGCGUGCAGCCCACGAGAACAGGAGGUUCGCCUGCAGUACGUGUGGCAGAAUGUUUUUCACUAAGCAAGCACUUUCGAGGCAUCAAAAACUGCACGAUUCCAGCAGGCCAUUGCCAAAGAAGAAGCGGCCUUCCAACAAGUGUCGGAGAAAAGGAUUUCAUACAAAGAGUGCUGCAGCAGUUCUAUCUGGUUACGACGAACAGGCCAGUGAUGAAGCCAGAAAACUACCUCCUGUUGCACCAGCUGUCCCUCUAGCUACGGUCAUCAGCACCUGCUAUGCCGAUCCACAGGAUGCCUCAAAGGUCAUAACGCAGACCAUGGCAACGAUGGGAUCCUAACAGCAACGCAUCGUAGAUAUUUUUUGUAUGAUCCACGAUCAAAACUCUAGUGACUAGCCAGUUUUUUUGGACAGCAGAAAUGAGGCCUUUCAGCACGUUUCAAAUCCUGAUGUUUCUGACUGCAUUGCAAAAGUGCAAUACUCGACUAGUACUCCACUUCAAAUGUGUGCUGCCAGUAAAUUUCAGCAUAGAGGUCACCAGUCCGAUGAGCGAAAAAAGAAAUUGGCUGGUGUUUCUCUAAUAUUUGUUUCGUUAUUUAUUUUGUAGUACAGCUGUACACUAGUAGUUGCGAGAGUUAUUCACUAAACAUACCUUACCUGUUUACAAAUGUUAUGUUAGGUUUUGCACGAAGUUAAGUACAUCUGCCCAGCUUACACUUCCACCCAGAACCAGCUACAUUUCUUGGAUGACCCCAUCAUUUUCUCGUACUGCACAAGCGUAUGCGGAGUUGUAAAAAUUCCUUCGAAAGCAACAUGCAUUGACAUCAGGGAUAUUCGGCUCUUUCCUGGAGAAAUGCUUCGGUUUGAUAGACACAGAUUUAGCGAUGGCACGGAAACCCCACAUCAGUGGUGCUCCUCAGACCCUCAGUUUGUGAUGCACGUGUGUGCACUGGGUCCGCUGCUAACGUGAAAUAAAUACUGUUUCAAAUA